CUCGCCUCACUUGUCCAGUCUGCUUGCAAGCGUUUCUUCUCCAGCCUGCAGUAAGAGACCACCCGGACAUCUACUCCACUCCUCAGCAUUCAACAAACGCGCACUCUUUUGGAACAUCACUUUCUAGCUGGAGACGUCUGUGCGCACCGCUGUUACGCAUGGACUGAACAACAACAACAACAAAAAAUCGUGGGGUGCCGUGUAUUUUUCGCAGCAUUCUUAUUGGUUUUUAGCCUUGCGUCGAGCUGUUUGUUGUUGUUGUUGUUUUUCGAUUUUAACAUUUUCAAAAAGGCCCCAGACAAAUAUUAACGAGUUACGCAUCAGGUGAGUGCCGGUGCGUCAGGCUGUCAGUUUUGUAGGUGAAGCGCAACAGGUGUCUUGCAGGCUCCGAGAGCAUCCCGUUAAGGGACGGCGGUGGAAUAGAGCGGAAUUAAGUAGAAAUAAAAUCAGGAAAAAUAGAGAGAUAGAAAGAGGAGGGAGGAGAGAGAGAGAGAGAGAGAUAAAAAAAAAAGGGGGAGGGAGAGAGAGAGACAAAGAGCAAGAGAGAGAGGAGAGGCGCUAUAGGAGGAGGCCGCUGUUGUACGACAAGAGGAAAAAAAGUGAGGGAGUGAGGGAGUGUUUUAAAGCCCACAGAAGGCAUGAUGUCCUACAUUAAGCAACCCCAUUACACCGUGAACGGGUUAACUCUGUCAGGCCCGGGCAUGGAUCUGCUGCACACUACCGCCGUUGGAUACCCAAGUACCCCACGUAAGCAGCGUCGUGAGCGCACCACCUUUACGCGCGCGCAGCUGGACAUCCUGGAGGCUUUGUUUGCCAAAACACGUUACCCAGACAUCUUCAUGAGGGAGGAGGUGGCUCUGAAGAUCAACUUGCCCGAGUCCAGAGUUCAGGUAUGGUUCAAGAAUCGUCGUGCCAAGUGUCGGCAACAGCAGCAGCAGAGCACAGGCCAGUCCAAACCGCGACCCCCUAAAAAGAAGGCCUCCCCGGUUCGCGACACCAGUAAUGAGGCCAGCGCCAACCCGGCCAAUGGCCCAUACAGCCCACCGCCCCCUCCCCCGGGCACCGCCAUAACCCCCAGUUCCAGCUCUGCCAGCGCCACAGUGUCCAUUUGGAGCCCGGCUUCCAUCUCCCCCCUGCCCGAUCCACUGUCUGCCUCCACCACCCCCUGCAUGCAGCGUACCACUGCCUACCCCAUGACCUACACCCAAGCCCCAGCCUACAGCCAGAGUUACGCAGGCUCCUCCUCUUACUUCACCGGCCUGGACUGCAGUUCCUACCUGUCACCAAUGCAUCCGCAACUGUCGGGCACAGGAGGCGCUCUGAGCCCCAUCACCGCUUCUUCCAUGGGCGGCCCUCUCAGCCAGUCCCCCGCCUCACUCUCCUCUCAAGGCUACACGGCCGCUUCGCUGGGCUUCGGCGCUGUCGACUGUCUGGACUACAAGGACCAAGCUGCCUGGAAGCUCAAUUUCAAUGCCACUGACUGUCUGGACUACAAGGACCAGAACUCCUGGAAGUUCCAGGUCUUGUAAAUAUCAUUGAGAAAGGGGUCAGGAAGGGAGAGUGUAUGGGAACAAGUGUGGAAUCAGAGUCACCGUCGGUUGAGUUGAACAAAUUACUAUAUUUUUCAGACUGUAAGUUGCACCUGAUUAUAAAUUACACGAGCUAAAAAAUGCACAAUGAAGUAAAACUUUAUUUGAUAAAAAACUGAUUGUAUGUGCUAUAUGGAUAAUAGGCUAAAUAAGUGUCUGUUAAUGUUACAUAUUAACAGUGAUCCAGAUAACUAUAGCCUAAACAGCACAACAUAAUUUGUUUACCUAACUCUCAAUCUUACUUAAAUUAACUACCAAAUCAAUUCAAGUCUACAUCUUCACGAUCACUUCUGAACACCUACGCCAACUCUGGAAGUGGAGGGCACACCUAGAGUUCCCUUCUCACAGAUAUCAGUGUGGAAAAAAACAAAAGCAAAACAUAUUUAGUUCGCAUCUGAGUGUAAGUUGCAAACCCAGCUAAACUAUGAAAAAAUGUGACUUAUAGUCCAAAAAAUACAGUAGUGUUUUUUUUUUUUUUUUUUUUUUUUUACAAGGUGGGCAAAGAAAGCAGCCCGGAUGCGGCUGUAAUAAUCUUUCUGAUGGCUGACUGCAACUGAUGGCAAUUUUGAGCUUUUUCACUGCCAACCCUCCAAUUUCAAAUGGAUUGGAUGUCUAUCAUCGUCAAUAGCAGACAAGGAGUUAAGAUGUGUCUUAUCCUGGAGACAUUCAAAUGUUCAAAUAAGGCUGCUUUUUGACUCAACAAGCAAGGUAGAUCAACUCUCCCAAGGGAAACCUUGAAAAGGUGCAGAUCAAUAACCUAUCCUAGCUGAUGAUUCCCCAGUAGCCUUGUUUGAUACUGACCCUCUUUAGCCUGAUCUAAGCCAAGAGGGUUGAUUGAGCCCCUGGAGUGACUGCAGUACAAACUUGUUGCCUUUGAGCAUGCUUGUAAUCAUUAGGAGAAUGCCUCAUGCAUUGUUAGUUUAAUAGGAUCAAAUGUUGGGCAACAAUAGCCGCAUUGUGGCAAGUGACACACACAAAAAAAUACCCCCUCCCUCUACUUUUCACAGGAAGUUUGAAUAAUUGAAGCACGUCUGCGAUUGUACAAGACAGUAUUGUAUUUUUGUGAACGAUCUGAUGGGCAAAAAAAGACUGCACCAGGGAAAGGGAAAGGAGUUGCUCAUGCACCAGCCUACCCUUAGCACAGAGAGUUUGGUGUCUCUCUCGAUACGUCCAUCUCCAUCCAACAUGUAUGGGAUGGCUACCAAUAUAUGUAUUUCAUGUAUCUAUUUUUGUUUUAGUAUUCUUUAAACAUUUGUGGAUUUGUCAAAGUAAAAAAAAUGUUGUCAUUUGUUUUGAAGUUGAUAUUAUCAGUGUAACUGCUGUCAUCAACAUCAUUGAUAUAAUUUCAUUUAGUCUGGCCUUUGCUAAAACACUUUUGUUGCUGUUUUGUACAUAUUUAACCCUGGGAAUGCUACCAAGUCUAAUGUGUGCACUGUAUUCAACAACAAUUCACAUUCUUAAUCUUAGCUAACUGCCAAUUUUUUAUUAUUUUUUCCCCCUCCUCUUGAUAUUUUUCUGGUAUCUUCUCUUUCCAACUCAGGGUCUGAUAAAAGUAUCGGUAAUCGGUACAAUUCUAUUAACUCUUCUUAAUCUAAUUGACUGUACAUUUAUCUUUUGCAUAAUGAUAUCAUCUCUGCUUUAUUUUUCUGAUAUGAAUGAUUCUUUUAAUUUUCUAUAUUACAUUUGUCUUGUGUUUGACCAGUCUGCGCCACUACCAUGCUAGAUAGAUUGAAUGUUUCUGAGACAUUAAAUAACCUUGUGUAAACAUUGUGUCUGGCUUACUCUACUUCCAGCAAGCAGCGAGCGACAGGAUAAUUAAAACGUCUUUGAUAAGUGUGUUGUAUCCAACAGACACAGCACAAGCUCACCCCCAAGAACUUGAACUUUGGAACAAAGGCUCAAGGUUUAAUUCUCAAGGCUCAAGUGCAACUAAAUGUUGGGGUCUGUUCCCCGACGACUAUCAUAUCACUGUUGAGCAAGGCAAACCUUGGACCAUGUCGUUCAGGCAUAUAGAGUCCAUACAGACUGUAGAGCAACAUUGUGAGUUGUCUUGAGCUUUGCUGAAAUAAAAUCAGUUAAUGAUUUAAUUAUUAAUAUGAUAAAUCAGCACGUUGUUACGCAGCGUAUUCAGAAG